AUGGACGGUAUUACACAAUCCAAGCAAGACGUCGAAACGGUAGAGGUUGUGAAGCCCGGGCCAUUGCAACAGCUUCCACUUCCGCGGGAACUAGCUCACCUGGAGGGAGAUGGUCUUGUUGAACUUGAGAGAGGACUUGUACGAAGACUUGAUAGCUGUCUUCUUCCUGCGGUCGUGAUUCUCUUUCUCAUGAACAUUCUUGAUCGUAACAAUAUUGCCAACGCCAAAAUUGCAGGAUUGCCUGAUACUCUCGGCAUAUCCAACACGCAGUACAACACGUGCUUAAUGAUCUUCUAUGUUGGAUAUAUCAUUACCCAGAUUCCAUCUAAUCUCAUCAUAACAAAAGUCAGACCAUCGCUCUAUAUCGGAUUUGUUACAGCAGCCUGGGGGAUUGUUUCUAUGUGCCAAGCCUUUACACGCAACUUUACAGGUCUUCUGGUUUGUCGACUCGUACUUGGACUGGUAGAAGGACCAUUUUUACCAGGUGUGUUUUUCUUGAUGUCCUGUUGGUACAAGCGAUCAGAACUUCCACCUCGAAUUGCACUCCUUUAUGGCGCCAAUAUGCUGGCAAGUGCAUUUGGAGGCUUGAUAGCUGCAGGAAUUGUGGCACGAAUGGAAGGAAAGCUGGGUAGGCCAGCCUGGGAAUGGCUUUUCAUCAUCGAGGGAUCAAUGACCAUUGCCAUCGCACUGUUAGUGAUCCCUUUCAUCCCGGAUUAUCCUGGAACAAAACGGUGGUGGCUUCAAGACGACCACCAGAUACUUGCAGAUUGGAGACUUCAAAACGAAAACGCUGGUCUUGUGGAUGAUGACCCCCAAUCACUGGUCUGGGGCCUCAAACAAGCCUUCCUUGACCCCAAGCUGUACAUGUUUGUCAUACUACAGAUGGCACUUAUUACAGCACAAUCCUUCAACAACUUCUUCCCUUCUAUUGUCGGCACACUUGGAUAUGACGACACUAUAACACUACUUCUAACAGCACCGCCCUACGCAUUUGCAUUCAUCUGUUCUCUGAUUAUAUCUUUUCACGCGGCCCGUAAGCAAGAACGUGGGUAUCACAUUGCCAUUCCACUGGCAUUUGCUCUCCUCGGUAAUCUGUUGGUACGUAUCAUCAGCUCUGGCUUCUUAUCCCAAGGUCAUCAAAGACUAACUGCCAGUGUUUAG